AUAUAUAAUAUAUAUAAUAUACUUCAAUAUAUUAUAAUAAUAUAAGCAAGCAACAUAAUAUACUAAGCAAGACACAAUCCAGUGAACUAAUGGUAAUUAGUGCUACUGCUGGCCACAAGACAUCGCUAUCUACGUAAGUAAUAGUAACAGUAAUGGCCACAAGAUGUCGCACAUAAAGUAAUAGUGCUACCAACGGCCACAAGAUGUCACUACUGAAAGUUUACAACUCGCUAUAAUUUCAUCUCACUCCAUCGGGAUAUUCGAUGGGAAAGUAAUUAAACCUGCGGUUAGGUUAGGUUAGGUUAGGUUAGGUUAGGUUAGGUUAGGUUAGGUUAGGUUAGGUUAGGUUAGGUUAGGUUAGGUUAGGUUAGGUUAGGUUAGGUUAGGUUAGGUUAGGUUAGGUUAGGUUAGGUUAGGUUAGGUUAGGUUAGGUUAGGUUAGGUUAGGUUAGGUUAGGUUAGGUUAGGUUAGGUUAGGUUAGGUUAGGUUAGGUUAGGUUAGGUUAGGUUAGGUUAGGUUAGGUUAGGUUAGGUUAGGUUAGGUUAGGUUAGGUUAGGUUAGGUUGGGGUGCUGGGUCGGAAAACCUCCAAGAGUGCCCUGGCUCAUUGUACGGUCACUUGUCCUGGUGCGGAUACGUCCGGCGGGAACGGUGGCUGACAAUGGCUGGGGCCUGGUGCAUCCUGGGCAACGGCGGUAAGUGACUUCUCGCUAUUUAGAGAUCUCACUUACCGACGGCUAAUGUUCCGACAGAGGUGGUGAGCGGCGACCCCAAGUAAUGGGGUUUGUCGUGUUUUGUUGGGGGCGGGUUUUGUUCCGCGACUUCUCGUAGUGGGAGUGGUCGGCGGGCCCGGUGAGUGCUUCGUUGCGCAGCCGGGCUGGUUUCAGUGCCACCGCCGAAAAACCGUAAUCCCUCGCGGAGGUGUGGUCAUGUUUCGCACCCGAGUGAGGGGACGGGGGCCUUGGCUUAACCGCCUGGGCCGCGAGGAGUAAACCUCUAUAAAAAUCCUCUUGUGUAAGCUUCGGUGCCCGGCGAUGCAUAGUUCGUUGUGCGGUGCACGCUACCGGACAUCAUAAGUUCGGUUAGCGUGUUCUGUGCUGCGGGCGGGUCGAUGGAGUAUCAUCGGCCGCAAGGGCACCAACCUCGGGGUAUCUGCCGCACCCCGUUGUAUGUAGGCCGCACGCAGAAGCAGGGGCUCCCCUGCGUGUGAAACCUUUCCCCCAUACUCGUGGGAACAAGUAUGGAUAUGUCAAAAACAAAACCCAAAAUUGAUGUCGUGUCCGAGAAGGACGGUGAGAAGUCGGUGCCCGCGAAGGGCGGAGAGAUGUCGGUGCCCGUGAAGGGCGGUGUUAGUAAAAAGAAGUCGGAAGUGGAGGUUCUGAAAGAGUGCUCCGUUGUACUGGGCGAGGAUGUUGUGGAGUUGGGUCGCCGUCGCACUCGUCACAGCUUGUUGAGGGCGGUUGCGGGCGAGACCGACUGCGGGUCUUCGCGGUCGAGCUUGUGCGCAUCCCCAAUUGAUGAAGGCAUGGAGACGGAGCAGUUGCCGUCAACAUCUGGACUACGCUCCUGGCGCAAAAGGCGUCUUAACGAGUCCGAUACGGACUCCACGGUCGAGGAUGAGGGCGAUGUCCAAUCCGUCCGCAAAAGGUCCGGCAGCCCUAGAGUGGGAUCGAGAGCCAGUUCGAUCGCUAGAAAGAAGGAGGAGUGUCGGCAAUUCAUAUACCGAUUCUUCGAAGAUGAAGGGACAGCCGCUGGCAAAUCUGGUCUGCCCCCAGUGACGGUCUUAGAUUAUCACGAGAGUGAUUUCUUUUCUUCCGGAGAUGAGGAGCCAGACAAACCGACGGAGCUGGACAGGCCGACGGCAUCUGGCGCCACUACCACCGCUGCCGCCGGUGACAAGAACAAAGUGGCCGAGGAGGUACUCCAUAGGGCGAAACUUCUCGUCCAUCGGCAAGCGGAUGCUCUUAGCGACGUCGUUAAGAAGGCGGGAAAUCUCAAAGGGACCACCAUAAGGACCCUGAAAGAGGGUUUGGCCGGGAUCACACAGGUUGUGGACACCUUGGAGGGGGAUCUAUUUCCGACGUCGGUCUCUCCACUGGUCUCAAAGAACCUGAGACUUGAGCAGGAAGUCGAGUACCUGCGUCGGCAGUUGGCCGAGGCUCGUGCUGCCAAGCCAGCUGCCAAGCCAGCGGCCCAGGCCGGUAUCUCGGCAGACGGUGUUCCUGUUGUAGGAAGUGAUGCGAGCGCAUUCCGUGCUCAAAUAAUGAGAGAUGUCGGCGGCAUCGUCCGCCAAAUGGUAGGGACUUUUAUGAAAGAGGUGAGAGAAAUGAUCUCCAUUCGCCCCCCUCCAGAGAAGGUGUCGUCCUCGUCUGCGGCCUCCACGCAAACUUUGCCCGAGGCCGCGACAAUGGCGUCAGAUGUGCCCGACACCCCUAGAGUCGGCGACCGGGGUUCUGUUCCCCAGUCAGAAACGGGUCGGGCCAAGAAGAAGAAGGCGAAGAAGACGCCCGUCUCACUGGCGCCCUCUGGACAGCCCGAGCCGGUGGCUUCGACCUCCGCUCAAACGUCUGUGCAGCCGACCGCGUCCACCUGGGCGACGGUCGUAAAAGGAAAACGGGGCAAGACCGUCAGUGUUCCCGAAGGGCAGCCUGUGGCUGCGAACCCUCCGGUGACGAAAGCCGGUUCGGCCCCCUCGAAGAAGGCAAAGAAGACGAGCGCACCCUCGCCUUCUAGACUGAAACCGCCUCGCUCCGCGGCGGUGAUUAUUACGUUGGACCCGGAGGCGGAAAGGGAGGGUGUCGCGUAUGCGAAUGUCCUUGCGGAGGCCAAGAGAAGGAUCGAUCUCCGCGCAUUGGGGAUCGAAGAUAUGCGGUUUCGCACCGCGAUCACCGGCGGUAAGGUCCUAGAGGUCCCAGGUGCUGAUGGCGCGGAGAAGGCCGACGUUCUGGCGUCGAAGCUCCGGGAGUUCAUCCCGGAGAAUAUGGCCAAAAUCUCCAGGCCCGUAAAGUCCGCGGAGAUGCGGAUAUCGGGCCUGGACGACAGUGUUACGUCGGAGGAAGUGGUCGCUGCGGUUGCCCGGGAGGGUGGCUGUCAGGUGGACCAAGUGCGAGUCGGAGAGGUUCGACGUACUAGAUCUGGGGGGGGCACUUGCUGGGUUAAAGCUCCAUUGCAAGCAGUUAAGAAGAUGACGGUCGCCGGCCGAGUUCGUAUAGGCUGGGUUUCGGCGAAAGCAGAGCUCCUGCGGCAGAGGCCGCUUCGGUGCUUCCGCUGCUUGGAGGAAGGACAUGUGCGGGCAUCCUGCAGUCAUGAGCAGGACCGCAGCGGUCUAUGUUACCGCUGCGGAAACGAAGGCCAUAAGGCGGCGAUGUGCGCGGUCGACCCAAAGUGCGCUGUGUGUUCAGCGCAGGGCCGGCCGUCGGACCAUUGGGUGGGGUCCAAGGCCUGCACUCCUCCUAAGAAGCGUAAGAAGCAACCGGUGAAAUUGCCGAACCCAGCAGGCCGGGUGAGUGUGGAGGGAGAGGAGAUGGAAACGGGCAGGUAGUCCCGCCCUCCUCUCCGGCGAUAAUUACAUCGCCACAGGGCCGGGGUGACGACUGCGGGGGCAGUCCCACCCCAUACCAACAUUGCCCUGGGAAGUCGCGCGCGCAUCCCCGCGCGCUUCCCCUAGACGGGGGUGGGUAUUCAACAUCUCGUACCCGCCCCAAACUGAGUCGGGGCCCGCGAGCCGGUGCGGGCCAACGCCGUUGGGAUCCCGGUGGACUACGCAAGGGAACCCGGGUCCCCAACAUUAAGGCGCGGCGAGGGAAUGCCAUGUGGUUUUUUUAGCCGGUAGGAGUCCGGCAGUAUUCACACCCUCCCCCGGGGGUGUGUCUCUGCAUGACGCAUUUUCCACAUGUAAAAAAAAAAAAAAAAAAAAAAGGUUAGGUUGGGGUGCUGGGUCGGAAAACCUCCAAGAGUGCCCUGGCUCAUUGUACGGUCACUUGUCCUGGUGCGGAUACGUCCGGCGGGAACGGUGGCUGACAAUGGCUGGGGCCUGGUGCAUCCUGGGCAACGGCGGUAAGUGACUUCUCGCUAUUUAGAGAUCUCACUUACCGACGGCUAAUGUUCCGACAGAGGUGGUGAGCGGCGAGCCCAAGUUAUGGGGUUUGUCGUGUUUUCGUUGGGGGCGGGUUUUGUUCCGCGACUUCUCGUAGUGGGAGUUGUCGGCGGGCCCGGUGAGUGCUUCGUUGCGCAAUCGGGCUGGUUUCAGUGCCACCGCCGAAAAACCGUAAUCCCUCGCGAAGGUGUGGUCAUGUUUCGCACCGGAGUGAGGGGACGGGGGCCUUGGCUUAAUCGCCUGGGCCGCGAGGAGUAAACCUCUAUAAAAAUCCUCUUGUGUAAGCUUCGGUGCCUGGCGAUGCAUAGUUCGUUGUGCG